AAAGCCUACAACCACCUCCCCACCCCAUCUAUGCCACUGGAUGCUGCAGGCGGAUUUGGAAUUUGUAAGCGAUGCAAGUCCGAUAAGGCUGGAGUUUCCCUCCGGGACCUGAAGGAGGAUCGCUAGGUGGUUCCUUAAGGAAGCGGACCUGCAGGAUGAAUAAAAGAUACUUGCAGAAAGCAACAAAAGGAAAACUGCUAAUAAUAAUAUUUGUUGUAACAUUGUGGGGGAAAAUAGCAUCUGGGGCAAACCAUCACAAAGCUCAUCAUGUUAAAACUGGGACUUGUGAAGUGGUGGCUCUGCACCGGUGUUGUAAUAAGAACAAGAUAGAAGAAAGAUCACAGACUGUCAAGUGCUCCUGCUUUCCUGGGCAGGUAGCAGGUACCACUCGAGCAGCUCCUUCUUGCGUUGAUGCUUCGAUUGUGGAACAGAAAUGGUGGUGCCACAUGCAACCAUGUCUUGAAGGGGAGGAAUGCAAAGUUCUUCCAGAUCGAAAAGGAUGGAGUUGUUCUUCUGGGAAUAAAGUGAAAACAACAAGGGCAAACGUGUAAAACCCUUCAAGAACAUGGAGAUUUCUGCUGUGCCUGAUGACAAUUUUUGAUUAUUCCACACACACACAAUAUUCUGGCUCCACGUUUGGGGCAAUAGUUGUGGUAAAUCCUAGUCUUGGUCGGAUUCUCAGGAAGGGCCAGAAGGUACGUUGAGGAGUAAAGAGUCAAAACAACUCCUGAAAGGUGUUCCAGCCUUGGUUUAUUACUCAAAGAGCAGCAGGUAACUCGAUAGCAAGACACAAAUCAAAUCAAACUCAAGACUGAUAACAUUAAAUACAACCAGUAGGAAGUUUUAAUACCUAGCUGUGCUCCUUGAGGUUAGGCUUGGAACUGCUGGGAUCUACUAAUUAUUUCAAUGAGAACAUGCACUGUAAUCAACAGCCACUUGAGAUCAAAACUCAAUCUGCCUGUCAUAAGGAUUUCAAUGGACUGAACUGUGUACAUUUGUAAAAAAAUAUAUAGCAAAAAAUUGAAGGAAUAUAUCGCUAUGGAAGGGAAGAGGUAAUGCUUAAAGGACACCAAAGAAACAGCAAUUUUUUGGAUCCUUGGCGUGAGACUUGUGACAUUUCACCUCUAUGAAAGAAGUCUUUGAACUAUACAUCCAUUUCCUCCAAAACUGUUCUGGUCCUCCAUUCAAAUUACUGGUGGGACUGUGCACUGCUUUAAUCAAAUUACUGUUCUAGAAAUUGUCCUCUGACACAGCACAGUUUUAGACACUUUUAAUUUGUAUUCUAAUCCUGAACCUUCAAGGCUACAGAUUUCAACAUGUCGAAGUUGCUUUUCUUAUAGGAAUGAAAAUAUAUAUCCAUUGUUAAUCAUUAUUGUUGACAAGUAGUAGUUAUUUGAAUACGUCAUUCAUAUACGAAUGUAUCAUUAGUCAGACAUGUUUCCCUAAGGCUAGCCGGCUACUGCAACUCCUUUCAGAUAAAUAAAGCGUGGUCAAAACUGAAUUUUUAUCCCUCCCCAAUAUUUUAUGCCAUUAAAAUAUGUGUUUUGUAUAAUUUAAUGAAGAUGGGUGUCUCUUGUAUACACUUUUGAUUUAUUAACACUAGAUCCUAAAAAUAUGGUUAAUAAUAAAUGACACUAACUAGUCCCUUUAUGAAGGUAGACAGGGAUGCAUGAUAAUUUUUCAGUUCUGAGAUUUAAUAGUGUUCAUUCAGAUGGGUCUUUUAUUUUAUUUUUUAAAAAUAUCUCUUGCUUGGACAGUAUUUCUGGAUGCUUAAGUAGAUAUCUGCUCAUCUCUGUUUCUUGAUAGGAAAAAAAUGUUUUCUUCAAAUCUGGAAUCCAUUGAUGUUUUCCUUGACCACUACAGGUACUUUAGAUUCAUUCUGUGGUUGUUUUGUUAAACUGGAAAUUCUUUUUCUAUCUUCUUUUCAGUAUCUAUUUUUUAAUCUUGAUGAUCUGUUGUUUCAUGAAAAACCUUUAAUGUUUAAAUGCCUUAAGCAGCUAUAAACCUUUUUUCUAAGUUAAUACAGAAUGUAUAAUUUUAUAUUCCAUUUAAUAUGCACCAUGCUUUCUGGAAAUAUGAAGACAAGGAGAGCAGACUAUUUCUUUUGCAUCCCACACUGAUGCUGCCAAAGCAAAUUGGUCUUGGAGAAGGCAAAGAGAGAAAUUUCUACUCACUUGUUUUGUGAGUUGAUAUGAAGACUUUAAAAACUAAUAGAAACAAUUGUGUCCAGAACCUCAAGUUGUUUCAAAUGGUUGCCAAUAAUUGUGAAAAGGGGGAAUUCUUUCUCAUUGUUACAAGUCACUGACAUAGCUAAUUAGAAAUAAAUUGGGUCCUAUGAUGGAUGAAUAACCAAGGGGACUAUGCUCUCAGUCACAUGAUGCAAGAUUGUUCCACAAUUGUUUCAUUACCUCCAUUGUGUUAUGGCACUGGAUGGUGGAAAACUAAUGAUUGUUAAAAAUUGAUUUCAGAUGUAUAGUGUAUCAUUCUGCUACAGAGUAAUCCAAAAUUUUGCAGGACAUGUAUUCUUUUUAAUUAAAUUUUAAUUAGGAGAAAUUGGUUGUAGCAUCAGUUAGCUAUCUUGGUAUUUUAAAAGGAUUAAUAUUAUAUGGAUUUUGUUUUAAAAGGUAUAUGUAAUAGGGGAACAUAUAAUUUGAAAAUUAUGAUCAAUUCCUUUGCUUGGGAUAGUACAAAGUAAAAACAUGUAAAUUUGUAGCAGUUAUGAGUUUGGCCUCAGUUCAGUCAAAAUUCUACAACAUGCUUCUCAGCAUUUAUUUCUUUGUGUUUACUCUUAAAACCAACACUGAAAAUACUGUAUUAUAUACAAGUGUAAGACAUGCAUAUCGAUAGGUGAAAAUAAAUGGAUUUUCAAAUAUAUUGAACUGAGUAUCUGCAAUAGGUUAAUGUUGUGAUAACUGAUAACCAGUAAUAAAUUUGUAGUACAAAAAGAACUCACCUCCGUAUAUCCAUAUGCACUUGGAACCUUCUUCUUCUUUUAAUUCUUAAAAUGUAGAUAAUGGAUAAUUCAAGAUUCAGACUCUAGCCUAGGAAUUCUAGUUCCCUUCUUUGCCCUAUUCUUUUUGUUCCUCCUUGAAUCAAGUCAGUACCAU